UUUAAAAUAGAAAAGAAUUAUCGCUACACAUGCUAAUAUCAUACCAAAACUAUAAAUGUUAAGAUGGCGUCUAGUGCUGAUGAAAGUGUUGUUGAAGAAUUAGCAGUCCGACGAACACGCUCUGGUCGUGCUGUUAAAGCCCCACCAACUCCAACUGCGAAGCCUACUACUAGAAAAACAAAAAAGAAAACUAUUCUAGUGGAAGUUGAAGUAUCUGAAGAUGAUGAAGAUCAACAAAUUGCCGAAAAAGACCAAAAUGAUGAUGAAAAACCCACAGAAGAGUUGGAAGAUUCGGAGAAGCCAACAGAGGAAGAUGAAACUAAUAAUAAAAACGAGCAAGAAAUCAUAUGUAAAGAAAAUUUGAAAGAAGAAAACCAUGUGCAUACUAUUGAAGAUACAGAAGUCGUUGAAAACAAAGAUGAAAUUGUAGACAAGGAUGAAGUCAUUAAAAAGGAGGAUAAUACAGGAAUCAACGAAAAUAAAAAUGAAAUCGUUAAUAACGAGAUUAAAAUGGAAACUAUUGAAAAUAUAGAAAAUGGAGAUAUUUUAGAAACAAAUGAAAAUGAUAAAAUUCAAGAUAUCAAAGAAAAUGAUACAGAAACUAAAGAAAGUUUACCGAUCAAAGAAAAAGAAAUAGAGAGUAUAAAAUUAGAAGAAAAUCACGAAAAAGAAACUGAAAGUAUAAAAUCGGAAGAAAUUCAAGAAAAGGAAACUGAAAGUAUAAAAUCGGAAGAAAUUCAAGAAAAAGAAACUGAAAGUAUAAAAUCAGAGGAAAUUACCGAUGAAAUUGAAGCAAAAAAUGAAGUUAGAGCAGAGGAAGAACCCAUGGAGACAGACUCAGAUGCGAAAGUGGAAAAUAGUGAAUCAUUAAAUAAAGAGGAUGCAAACCCUGAAACUGAGGUGAUUUCGGAAGAUGAAUUACCGACAGUACAGGCGGUGAAAGUCCCUGAAACCGAGGAAGUUUCAGAUGAUGAAUUACCUGGCCCUAAACUUGCUGAACUGCCCGCUGAUACUGAGGUCGUCUCAGAGGAUGAGCUUCCAACUGUAAAAAAAGAUGCUGGUGUUAAAAGAAAAAUAGAAUCAGCAGAAUAUGAUCCUGGCAGUCCAACAUCAGAGAACGACGUGUCUGCAGCCAAACGGCAAGCUGUAGAACAUGUCGAGGCAGAAGUUGAAAAAGCACCUGUUGAAAAUACAACUGAAAAGGAAAAAGAGAAAGAGAAGGAAAAAAAUGUUGAAAAAGAUUCCAAAUCGGCGGUAAAAGAUUCUAAAUCUAAAUUACCCGAACUUGAUAAAUAUUGGAAAGCUGUUAAUGAUGAUCCAUCAGAUUUUACGGGUUGGACAUAUUUAUUACAAUAUGUUGAUCAAGUGAACGAUAUUGAAGCAGCUCGAGAAGCAUACGACGCAUUUUUAUCACACUAUCCGUAUUGUUACGGAUAUUGGCGUAAAUAUGCAGAUUAUGAAAAGCGAAAAGGCAACAAAAAGAAAUGUGAAGAGGUAUUCGAACGUGGUUUAAAAGCAAUACCUUUAUCUGUUGACUUAUGGUUGCAUUUUCUCAAUUAUACGAAAACGGCUUAUGCUGACAGUGAAGAUCAUAUACGAGAACAAUUUGAACGAGCAUUGACGGCGUGUGGAUUAGAAUUUCGAUCGGAUCGUUUAUGGGAUACGUAUAUUAAGUGGGAGACUGAAGGAAAACGUUUACAAAAUGUUACAGCUAUUUAUGACAGAUUAUUGGUGACACCGACACAAGGCUAUACUACACAUUUUGACAAUUUCCAAGAACAUGUAUCAUCCCAUGCGCCAAAUAAAAUAUUGAGUGUAGAUGAAUUUUUACAAAUUAGAAAAGAGGUACGACAGUUACUGAAGCAUGAAGGUGAAACGCCGAGUACUGAAGAUUCAGAUAUUCCUCCAGGAGAAGACGAUACCAAUGAUGAAACAAUUAAAUCUGACGAAGAAACAAAAGCUCUUAAAGAAAAAAUAGUGUCAAUAAGAAGAAAGUUACAUAAAGUGACAGUUGCUGCAGUUACAGCAAGAUGGAAUUUUGAAGAGGGUAUAAAACGGCCUUAUUUCCAUGUGAAACCUUUGGAAAGGUGUCAACUAAAAAAUUGGAAAGAAUAUUUAGAUUAUGAAAUUGAACAAGGAGACAGGCAACGAAUAAUGGUAUUAUUUGAAAGAUGUCUGAUUGCAUGUGCACUUUAUGAAGAAUUUUGGUUACGAUAUGUUCGAUAUUUAGAAGAACAAAAAGAUGAAAGUUUACAUGCAAAAAUACGAGAAAUUUAUGAAAGAGCCUGCACCGUACAUCAUGUUGGAAAACCAGCACUUCAUUUAGCAUGGGCAAUUUAUGAAGAAGCUAUGGCAAAUUUAACUAAAGCUUCUGAAAUAUUGAUUAAUUUAGAAAAAUCAGUUCCUAAUUUAUUACAGGUAGCGUAUCGAAGGAUUAAUUUAGAAAGGAGGCGAGGUGAUUUUGAAAAAUGUUCACAAUUAUAUGAAUAUUAUAUAAAUAAUUCGAAAAACAAAUCGAUUUCAUCAAAUAUGGCCAUCAAAUAUGCUCGAUUUUCUUUUAAAAUAUGCCAUGAUUCCAAAAAGGCUGUAGAAAUAUUAAAUACUGCAAUAACAAAAGAUCCAAGUAAUCCACGAUUACAUUUACAAUUAAUCGAUCUUUGCUUACAAAAGGAAGAAAUCAAUGAAAAGGAAAUUUUAGAUAUAAUUAAUCAAUAUUUAGAAAAAGAUGCUAAUGAUUCUGACCAAAAAGUGUUGUUUGCUCAAAGGAAAUUAGAAUUUUUGGAAGAUUUCGGCUCUGAUAUACAAGCUGUUCAACAAGCCUAUGAAGAAUAUCAAAAGUAUUGUAAAAUAAAUAAAGAGAAAAAGAAAAAAGAAGAAGCCAAAUUAGAUCCAAAUGCUGCGAAAAAAUUAAAACCAGAUUCACAAGCAGCCGUACCAAGUACAGCAUCUGGAACUUAUGGUGGGUAUGGUAAUUAUGGAAGCGGUGCUAGUCAAAAUCCAAAUAAUUAUUCACAAUAUAGUGGCCAACAAUCAGGUUAUGGCGGACAAUAUGGUGGACAAUAUCCUCAAGGAGGUGGUGAUCAAUAUCAAUAUCAAAAUUGGCAAUAUUCACAAACAGGUUACGGUGGUUACAAUCAGUGGGGUAGUUAUGGUAACUAUUACCAAUAAAAUAGAUGAAAAUUUAUUGGAAUCAGUGAGAGUAAAAAAAAUAAUUGCAAAUCAAAAUAAAGUUGUAAAUAAAUCGUUGUAAUUUAAAAAGUACAAUUCAAUUAAAAUACGAUUAAAAUUUUUAAGAAAAAAAGAUGUAGUACCAUAAAAGUAAAUUUCCAUUUAGCGAUUGUGUCGACGCAGCGUUUUACAUUUACUAUUGUGUUUUAGCUAAAAUAAUUCUAACUAAAACCAUUGUAACUGCUCGCUUUUGUAAGAGGUUGCACUAUAUAUCUAUAAAUUACUUUUUUAAUUUGUUUUCAUAUUUGUGAAAAGUUUAGCUUCUUGCAAAGGUAAGCUCACAGCAACAUGAACUUGGAAAUUAUUAAAAAAUAUCUAAGAAAAAACGGUGCCGAUUUUGAAGAAAAGUCAUACUUUUACUAAAAGCAAAAAUGAUGUUUUUAAUCUCUAUUUUCGAGAAAGAUAUCGUCAAUGCAAUUAUAGGGCUCAGGAUAAUACCAAAUGCCAAGGGAAGAUUUUUAAAAUUUGGGACUUACUUUUGUAUUUCAAUCGUCAAUAAAUUCAUUAUGUAAUAUAAUUCACUUAAUUAUUAAAUUGAAAUAUUUUUUGUUUCCAUAUAUUUAUUAAUGAUAUUUCUAGAUUUUUAGUAAAAAGUAACAUGGAAAUAGAUUCUAUAUAAUCAUUGACCUUUCGAUAUUUUUUAUUACAUAAAUUUACUAAAUUACGUCAAACAUGUAUGAUUCUUUUGCAAACAAAUUGAUCACUAACUACGAAUAAAUAUAACUCUUUGUGAAUAAGUGACGUGAAUCUGCAAUCACCUCAGGCCACGUAGUUUUACAUCGGAUUUCAGAAUUAAUCGAUUUACAGAAAACAAACUAAUAUCAAAAGGACAAUUCUUUUGUAAUUCUUAAAAUUUGUUCAUGUUUUAUUGAAAACUUGAUAUAACUAUCUCAACAUCACUUAAUUUAUUAAUUUUACCGAAAAAAACAUAGAAAAAAAUGAAUUAUCAUUUUAAAAUUUUGACCAUAAAAAUCAAAUUGGGUACACGCACAAUUUAAAAAUGAUUAACUUAAAAGACUAUAAACCAUAAAGAAAUUUUUUAUUACUAUUUGAUUUCGAUGACGAAAUAAUUGCAAUAUUAUUUCAUGAAAAGCUUCCAAUAAACGAAUAUUGAAAGAAAAGAUCCACCGAGAAUUUUUUCCUUAAAAUUACCUCGGUGCAGGUUCUUUGAUUGCUAAUUUCAUCUAUAAAAUUUGACUCUGAGCAGUUUGUAGUCACUACCAUCGUACUGAUGCGCUGAGUAACUUCACUAUUUCAUAGAAAUGAUUAGUCAUGUUAUCCCAUCUCAUCAAAUUGUUUCAUAACUUAGCCUUUUAUCAAAUACCGAUUUGGUAAACGCAAUUUUUUAGAAUUUUAAUAAGAAGCAAGUCAAAUUUUGGUCCGUUAGAACAGUCCACAUACCGGGCGUUACAAAAAUACGUAGUGAACUAUACUGUACACAGACUUAAUAUUAAAAGCUCCAAUAACUUCUUUUAAAUUUCGAUCUAGUUUAGCCGUAAUACGUCAUUUUUUUUUUUUUUUUUUUUUUUUUUUAGAAAAAGUGUUUAAUUUCAUUACGCUUUCAGAUUAUCCUUCUAAGGUCCAAAUUUUUAAGAGCAAGAUAGUAAUAUAAGCCUAAUGUUCAAUUUUUUGCACAAAAUAAAUAUUUACUUUAAGGUCCAUGGUAAAAACCGGUAUCUAAAAAAUAAUACUUACUGAAAAUUAUUGAUUAUUUUCUUAUUUUUAUGUGUAGAAUUUCCUACCGAAACCUUACUACGUAUUUUUGAAACAUCUCUUUUUGGUUUAUUUACUUUUU